AUGCAGAAACCGCCAAAGCUUAUGAACUUGGAUGAGUAUGCCGGAUGGUCAGGCGGAGAAGAAGAUGAUCAGUAUUCUCCAACAGCUAUAAAAGAAGAUAUUCUUGUGUUGUUACAACAUGGUGACGACUCACAAUCGAUGUGGCAAGCAUUAAAGUUGAAGUUCCAAGGCAGUGUUUCUAUGAUCAAAAGCAAGAAAGCCCUAAUCAAGAAAGAGUUCGACAUCUUUACUGGGAUGAAGGGUGAAACGUCUAAGCAGUUGAUUGAACGUUAUUGCCAUCAUGUGGUAGAGAUGAGAAGAUUGGAAAUUAAAAAGACAGACGAGGAAUGGAUCGACAAGUUGUCCGACGCAUUACCUUAUGAUGAAUGGGGCACGUACUUAAUGAUGUUGAAAAACAACUCGGAUUUUGUGAAUUUGAAUCUCAGUGCAUUCAUUGAAAAAAUAGAAGCUCAUGAAUUGGAAUUGUUGAAGAUUAGGAAGAUGAAUUCAGCAAAUGUACAGCAAGACGUAUCUCUUUACUACAAAGGAAGCACACCUGUUGCAACAAAUCAAAGUCCAAAGAUACAAACGGAUUUUAGUGCUGAUACAAAUUCAAGUGCUUCUACAAACACUCCACAAUCAAGCAAGUCUUCAUCGUUUGUGAAUUAUGAUCCAAACUUCAAAGCUCAAGAGCAGGCUUCACCUCAAAGCUCUACAAGUUCCAACAAUCAGGCUUACGUUUCUAGGGUGCAAUGCAACAUCGCGGUGAAUAUUAAGAAUGGAAAUGAAAUUACUGAAACAGCCGCGAAACAACACAUUGCGUUACUGGCUUCUGUUUUAGAGGCGUAUGAAGGUUUAGUGGCGGGUAGGAUCGAAAUUGUUGAAGUACCGGAGAUGGUGACUGAGCCGGAAGUAGUUGUUGAAGAGGUUCCAGUGGUUGUUGAAGAUGUUCCUGUUGAGAAUAUGAUUGACAUUGAAGAAAUCACUGCAGAAGUUUACUAUUACCAGUCAGAACAGGAGGUAUUUGCAAGUUAUUUCGAAGAACCGACGACUGGAUCGUGUCCAAGAUACGAAGAAAAGAAAGAAGUUGUCGAGGAAAUGAUAGACGUGACACAAGAGAUGACUGGAGAGAAGUUGAAAGACAUCGCUGACAAAGCUCUCAUGGGAAAGCUAAAAGAGGUAGACACAGAACCUGAGAAGUCAGAGUCUGUCAGUACCGUGUCAGUCAAACAGGAGUCUGAUCUGAAAUCUGGAGUUCAGGAGGUCAAAGUGUCUGAGUCUGAUUUGAAAAAUGUCGCAUCCGACACCGACAACGAAUCACAGGUCAUCAAAACCGUUGUCGAUCAGGUGUUAGAUGAGGAGAGUGAUAACUCUGAAAAGUCUCAAUCUGAGAAAUCUGUUAGUGAGUCUGAAGAUGAGGGAAUCGAGUUUGAGAAGAAGACGGCUAAGCAGGUGUUUAAGCCGAAAGAGAAAAUGAAUGAUAUUUUUGUCGCUGGUCCGAGUGUAGAUGAUGAAAAGAACUACAUUUUUAGUCAAAAGGCCGUGGACGAUUUCAAUACAGCGAAAAAGUUCAAAGAGGAGACACUUGCAUCAACUUUUGUCGAGUAUGACAAAAGAGUCUGUUAUCGUUGUAAUGAAAUCGGGCACAUGGCUAAACAGUGCACGAAAGUGUUUGAGAAACCUGUUUUUGUUUUAAAAGAUGAUGUUGUCGAGUUUGAAAAUGAACUUGAUAAAUUUCUUGCUGAGUUUCCCCCGAUUAACAACAAAGUAAAACCAGUUGUGAAAGAUGAUGUUCCUAAUGUCACAUUUAACUUUCCUAAAACUGCUGAAAAGUGUGAUGUAGUGUUUGGUACUGUUUCUGAGGGGCUGCCCAAGUCUAUCCUUUCGAAGUGGAUCAUGGAUAGUGGUGCAUCGAGACAUAUGACAGGGACUCUAGCUCUUCUUUACGACGUCAAAUCAAUAAAUGGAAGUUAUGUAGGCUUCGCCGAAAAUCAAGGCGGGAGAAUUGUUGGACAGGGAACGUUGACAAAUGGUGUCAUCUCAUUCGACAAAGUGAACUAUAUCGUUGAGUUGGAAAACAAUUUACUUAGCAUUUCGCAAAUAUGUGAUAAGUCGUUCAGUGUACAUUUCACAAAGAAUGAGUGUGUGGUUUUAAAACCAGGGUUUAAAAUCCCUGAUGAGAUGGUGUUAUUGCGCGCUCCACAGGCACAAUGA